CACACCUGAAAGGGGGCGUCACUGGGAGGUGGGAGUGAGCUGGGUGAGUCUUUAAAUAGUUUUCACUUUGUUGUAAUCUUUAUCUUGAUAAAGGCUCCACUCGAGAGCCGAAACGUUGAUGGAAUAAACAGUUUUACAUUUCUUGAAGAAAAUCCUGGUGUGCUUCAGCUUUUUUGUCGUGGAUAUUUUACUUCUGGAUUGCACCCAGGUCCCUAACUCCUGAAGUGUGUGCUAAAGCCUUCUACACUGUAUGAAUUUUUCUUGCUUGGAGCACCACCAUUUGUAACUUACAGCUAUCCUACUCACCACAUGGCCAUGGAGGAUUUCAUGGAAAAGAGUGGACAGAAUCUUCUGUAUGCAGAGACGUGGCACAUCACGGAAUCUGAAAUUGAAAAGGUAUUGUGGCAUAAUACACAUACUGAAGAACCCGGCAUUGAUUGCCCCAAAGAUAUAUAUAACAAACUUUUUCAUCUUAAAAAACGCGAAGUAGAUCUAGACUUGCACGGACUAUUUCUGUCAGACUACUUUAGAUCCAAGAGAAUACCACGUGGAUUUCGCAUUAAAAAUGCUCCAACUAUUGGAAGACACAAUCCCGACCUAUGCAGGAAGUGGGUUGGAGUGUUAAAUCGCUGUUCCCUUGACCUCAUGGUUUUGGUCAUUGAAGAAGUUAGCAGUGAAUUAAGUAAAGUGCGAAAAGAAAUUGCCACACUAGAAAAUACACACCAGAUUGCCAUACAUGAGGCAACAUUUGCAGAAUUCCACACUAAAUUGAAAAACAAUGUGGACACAUUUAAAAAUGACUUACUCCGCUUUAAAAGAGAGAAAUUGCGCAAGGUGGAUGAAGACUACCAACAACACCGCGUUUACAGGUGGCUUGCAGGCGGAGGAGGAACGGGUGGAUGGCGGAGAGGACAACCAAGAUGGCGGAAACAGCGCAUCCGUACUCUCAGUACAGUGGACAGCUCUGGCGAAUCAGCCGGCGAAGAUGAUACUACGUCAUCAGGACGCGACGUUCCUGUAACACAGCACGCUGCCACAGCCGCAUCCUCUUCUAGCCAGAAAGCGAUCCAUUUUCAGCUGGACACCCUACCCACAGACCGAGGACCGAGAGAGGAAUUUUCCCCAGUGAAUACCAGGAGCGCAGGCAGAGCAGGCCGAGGCGCAUCCGGAGGGGGAAGAAGCAGAGGAGGACGUCCUCCCAGAUACCCGCAUUGACUCCAAUAUAUAACUUGUCGCAACACACGCUGACACAAGCCGAGUCAUCACUACUUUGCAAAGAAUGUAUCUAUUGGAAGAACCAGUCACACUAAUGAAUUUUCUAAUUAUCCCUCACACCUGAAAGGGGGCGUCACUGGGAGGUGGGAGUGAGCUGGGUGAGUCUUUAAAUAGUUUUCACUUUGUUGUAAUCUUUAUCUUGAUAAAGGCUCCACUCGAGAGCCGAAACGUUGAUGGAAUAAACAGUUUUACAUUUCUUGAAGAAAAUCCUGGUGUGCUUCAGC